UUUGAAGGUGAACUUUCAGGAGCAAGCCCGAAUUCUUGGUAUCACAGCACGGCCCUUGUUACCCGCACACAAUAUCAAAACAUGGAUUCAGACAACCGAAGCAAUACUCGCGUCGUAAGCACGCAGCGAGUAUUUCCACAAGAGCCCUCAUCCGCGCCCACAGCCACUAGGCUCUCCAUCAUCGACAACACCGUGGCGAGGUUCGCAUUGACGGCCGCCAUCUGGUUCUACGACAAGCCGAAUGCGCCGCUGCGGGAGCACGUCCUGCCGGCCCUGCAGCAAUCUCUUGCCCGCACGCUCAACGACUAUCGCCACUUUACCGGCCAGCUGCGGUGGGCAACGGCCGAUGAGGUCAGGCACGCGGCAGUGCCCCGCCACCUCGGCCGGCUGGUGGCUGAGCACGGCACGCCCGACGACCAGGGGGUCGAGCUCGUCACGGCCGAGUACGACGCCGACGUGGCCGACGUGGUGAUUGACAGGAGGGACCCGGCGCAGAUUUCCAGCAGGGGAGGAGACCGACUGCACGUUUGGGACGCGACAGACCUGCCCCAGAACGAUUUCUUGCCCGCGGCCAAGGUGGCCCUCUCGUCCCUCGGCACAAUAGGCGGGGUUCCGUCCGUGGCCAUCCAGCUUACCGCGUUCCGGUGCGGUGGGUUCGCCGUCGGCGUCAAGAUGGCGCAUCCGCUGGCUGACGCGAUUGGGUUGAUCUGGUUUAUGCGCAGCUGGGCCGCGUUUUCCCGAGCCGCGAUUCUGAGAUGCGGUGCCGACGAGCAGGGAGAACCCUCGUCGUUCAGUCUGCCGCCUCCUCCGCUGUUCGAUCCCGAUCGCAUAGACGCGCUGGCAGGCCUCGCCGCGCCAACGGAGACGGGCACAGAAGCGAUCCCCGACCAGCACAAGAUCGCAACCGCCCGGGCGCUGCCCAUGCACAGGCACGACUGGUGGGACUUUUCAGCCCCCGGCUACCCGGGCUGGGCUCGCGCAUCCUCCGAGGCCACGAUGCCCCCGCCCUCGGCCACGGGCGGCGCAUUCGCCCUCAGCCCAUCCCAGCAACCCCCCUGGCCAUCCUGGGACAUGGCAGCCCCGGUGACGCGCGUGCAGAUCCUCUUCCCCGCGUCGGCCGUCGCCCUCCUCAAGGCAGCGGCCGAAAAGGCAGUCCAAGCAAAGACGGUCGCGGGGACGACGCCGCCGCGCAUCUCCCGCCUCGACGCCAUGCUCGCCCACAUUUGGAUCCUCAUCAACAAGGCGCGGUAUCCCAGCUCCAGCCACGGCGGGCAGGACAGCAGCGGCAGGCGGGACGAGGAGGUCUACCUCGACAUGACCCUCGGGCUGCGCUCGCGCUUCUCCCCUCCCCUGCCGGACAGCUUCGCCGGCUCGCCGCUGCUGAUCGCCCACACCAAGCAGACCCCCAGCCGGCUGGCGCGCUCCUCGCCGCCAGGGGCCGCCCUGGGAGAGGUGGCGGCUUCGAUACGCGAGACGAUUGGCAAGUUCACGCCCGAGGCGGUCGCGGCGCACGUGUACGAGGCGGCGCACGAGGUCAGCCCGCAGCGGCUGUGGCAGGCCUUCGUCGGGCGGCGCCACACGCUCGCCACGUCGUGGCAGGGGCUCGAGGCGUACAGCCUGGACUUUUGCGGGGAGGGCGGCGUCGCGGCGAGGAAUGUGCAGGCCAUCAUGCCGAACAUGGACGGGUUGGUGCAUGUCAUCGACGUGGACGGCACGGGAGGGGCGCUCGAUGUCAGCGUCUGUCUUGAGAAGGGCGCCAUGCAGCGGUUGCUGGAAGAUCCGGAGCUUCGGGUCGGAGGUGUUGAUGUAAAGAUGGCGUGAUUAGGGGUUAUACUUUUAGAGCUGGUUUGGAGCAUAAUCUGUAGACUUUUUUUUUUUCUUUUUUUUGGGUCUUGACCUCACUCCUCACUCGUCUUGUGAGUAGCAUAGCGGGAUUAAAGAGGUACAGGAGCAAAGAGGUACUAAACUGGGAUCAUUACAUGUGCAUUUAGUGUCAAAAUGACAAGGCUUUAGAGUGAAGCUGCUAUCAGAG